AUGCCCGUCUCAAUCACCUAUCUGCCCCUGCUGGGGCUUGCCCUGACUGUGCUGUAUCUUCUCUCGAACCGCUACCAGAAGGGACUGUGGCGGAUUCCCGGGCCCUGGCUGCGGUCCCUUUCGACCAUCCCGCGCAUGUGGGCGAUAUAUCGCACCCACAGCCACAAGUACGACAUCGAGCUGCACCGCAAGUACGGCAAGGUCGUGAGGGUGGCCCCCAACAUCCUCUCCGUUUCGGACACGACCGAGAUCAACCAACUGUACGGCAUCACGACCAAGUUCGUCAAGUCGGGCUUUUACAGCCUGUCCGAGGUGUUUGACGAGAAGGGCGAGCUGAUGCCCGACCCCUUCAUCCUCAAGGACAAAACCGUGCACACGAGGAUGAAGCGCAACGCGGCCAACGCGUAUUCGCUGAACGCGCUGCUGCAGAUGGAACCGUACGUGGACGAGGUCACCACCCAUCUCCUGUCUAUCCUCGACCGAUACGCCGAGGCAGGCCAAGUGUGCAACAUGGGCGACGUAGCGAAGAACUACGCCAUGGAUGCGAUCACCUCCAUCACCUUUGGCCGGAACUUCAACUAUCUCGACAAAGGCGACACCUUGCGAUUCUACAAGACCUUGGACAUUUUCACCGACUACAUGGCCAUAUUUGGACAAAUCCCCUGGAUCCACCCCUACCUGCUGAAAAACCCGCGCAUCGCACAGUGGUGGGUGGGCGAAGACUCGUCGCAGGCCGAGAUGAUCGCGCUGUCGUCGUCGGAGAUCGAAAAGGGCCGGCAGCGCACGGCGGAAGACGGGCCCAUGACGUUCCUGGAGCGGUUGCUGCUGAACCAAAAAUCCAACCCCAAGUCCAUCACGGACCAUGAGAUGCUGACGCACGCCUGGGGCAACCUGGCCGCGGGCAGCGACACGACGGGCACGGCGAUCCGGAGCCUGAUCUACUACGUGCUGAAGCACGAGCGCGUCUACAAGCAGCUGUGCGAAGAAGUGCGGACCAAACUAACCCUGCCCGUCCCCUUCGCCGACGCCAACGCCCUGCCCUACCUGACCGCGUGCAUCAAGGAGUCGAUGCGGAUGCAUCCGUCCGUCGGGCUGAUCCUGGGCCGCACCACCCCCCCGGGCGGCGCGACCAUCUCGGGCCACUACGUGCCCGCGGGCACCGAGGUCGGCAUGAACCCCUACGUCCUGCAUUACGACCCCGACGUCUUCCCGAACCCGGACACCUUCCGCCCGGAGCGGUGGCUGCCGGCCGAGUCGAGCGAAGACCACCUCCGGCAGAUGAAUCGGUCGUUCUUCGCCUUCGGCCACGGCGCACACACCUGCAGCGGCCGGCACAUCAGCAUGCUGGAGAUCACCAAGUUGAUGCCGACCCUGCUGCUGAGGUACGAUCUGGAACUGGUCGACGGGGGCAAGGAUUACAAGUUCAAGAAUCGCUGGUUCACCCCGCAAGAGGGCCUUCUCGUCACCCUGACGCGGAGAGCGGAGACGGCCGCAGGGUCUGGAAGAAGCAGGUCUGGAUAA